AUGGCUAGCAAACCAGAAAUAGCUCCAUCUCCUGCGCAGGGCGUUGGCCCUCUGUACCGUCCUGAUGGCGAAAAGCCUACUGCGACUGUCUCAAAGGAAAUCUCUUAUGAGAACGUCCACGUGCUACCUCAGACCCCCCAGUUGAUUGCCUUGUUAACGAUGAUCAGAGACAAAAGAACAAGCCGCGCCGAUUUCAUUUUCUAUUCUAACCGCAUCAUUCGGUUGCUGGUGGAGGAAGGACUUAACCAUCUUCCGGUUGUUGAACAGUCUGUCACAACCCCUGUUGGAACAUCUUAUCUUGGCGUCAAAUUUGAAGGAAAGAUUUGUGGUGUAUCCAUUAUGAGAGCAGGAGAGGCCAUGGAACAAGGGUUGCGGGAUUGUUGCCGAUCAGUUCGCAUUGGAAAGAUUCUCAUCCAACGGGACGAGGAGACAUGUAUGCCUAAGCUGUUCUACGAUAAGCUUCCUACCGACAUUGCGGAACGAUGGGUCCUUCUUUUGGAUCCUAUGUUUGCAACUGGUGGUUCUGCAACUCUCGCUGUAGAGGUAUUGAAAGAGAGAGGAGUGCCUGAGCACCGGAUCCUCUUCCUAAAUCUCAUUGCUAGCCCAUCAGGUGUUGCUGAAUUCGCAGAGAGGUUCCCUAAGCUCCGGGUUGUGACAUCUUUUAUCGACCAAGGACUUGAUGAAAAGAAGUAUAUUAUUCCAGGCCUCGGUGAUUUCGGUGACAGAUAUUACACGCUGUAA